CCCCCUUCACACACCCUCCACGCAGGGCGGCCAGGCACCGAGGCGCUGAUUUGGCCACAACUCCGACAGGACGCACGGCACACCGGUGUGUUUGGGCGCAGACGCGGCACCGUCGAGGCACUGCGGGAGAGAAGGGGGCGAUGGACAUUUGUGCGAAACCCUUCUGAGGACGAUUUAAGUUGAUUUUCAUUUGUGGCUCAACUCGGGAGGCACAGCCUUCCCCCACCUCGCCCGUGAGUGCGCAUACCUGUGCGGACUUGCCCGCAGCCCGUUAGGUACUCAGCGGGGGAGUCGAGCCCGAUCCGAUACGCGUUAUUAUCGGCCUGUUGCGGCUCUACCGAGGCCCUUACUCUCUUUCUCUCCGUCUGACACCGGAGGAAAAACACCAUCUGAGGACUGAAAUGUCGGCAAAUGAGAGAGCAACUCGAGCACUGAGGGAGAUCCUGCAGAAACCUGGAAAUGACGCGUGCGCAGACUGUGGCGCGCCUGACCCAGAGUGGGGUUCCUGCUCCCUGGGUGUGUUCAUCUGCCUGGCCUGCUCCGGGAUCCACCGCAACAUCCCCGACAUCGGCAAAGUCAAGUCGCUGAACCUGUCCCGCUGGGAGGACCACGAGGUGGAGUUCAUGGCACAGAACGGUAACAAGCUGAUGAGGAGUAAAUACGAGGCUGCGGUCCCUGUUUACUACUACAAACCUACCCACAGAGACUGCCAGGUGUUGAGAGAGCAGUGGAUAAGGGCAAAGUACGAGAGGAAAGAGUUCUGUGAGCCUGGCAGGAGCCUUAUAUAUGAGCAAGGAGCUAGAGACGGCAUGCUGAUGAAAAGGGGGCGGGACAACGGGCAGUUCCUCAGCAGGCGAUUCGUCCUCUCGGAGAGGGAGGGCACUCUGAAGUAUUUCACCAAAUAUGACGCUAAGGAGCCCAAGGCGGUGAUCAAGGUGGAUACCAUUAAUGCAACCUUCCAGCCCGAGAAGAUUGGCAACCCCAACGGCCUGCAGAUCACCUACCUCAAAGACUACAGCACCCGCAACGUCUUUGUCUACCACGACAGCGGCAAAGAGAUUGUAGAUUGGUUUAAUUCAAUUCGGGCGGUUCAGCUUCACUAUCUAAAGGUGGCUUUCCCUGGGGCUACGGAUGCAGAGCUCAUGCCAAAACUGACCCGGAACUUUCUGAAGGAAGGAUGGAUGGAAAAGACAGGGCCCAGGCAAACAGAAGGCUUCAAGAAGCGCUGGUUCACUCUGGACCACAGGCGGCUCAUGUACUUCAAAGAUCCCCUGGAUGCCUUUGCUAAGGGCGAGGUGUUCCUGGGGAGCAACGACCAUGGCUACAGCGCCGCCCCCGGUUUGCCCGCCGGAACCCACUGCAAUGGCGCCUGGCAACACGGCAUCACCAUAGAAACACCCGAGCGCUCCUUCCUGUUUACCUGCGAGACAGAGAGUGAGCAGCAGGAUUGGGUGAAACACUUCAACGAUGUCAUAAGUAAACCGAUGUCCCCUCAGGAGUACACCAUGGAAGCCCUGUUCAAGCACAGGCAUUGAUGGACCAGAGGCCCGUGGGACUGUCUCCUCCCUCCGCUCAAUUCACCUCCAGUCUGACACAGCCCUUGUACCAAUUCUAUCAGAGGCUCCUCUCCUCAGUACCUUGGGGAAGAUGUAGUAAAGUGAUGCAAUCUGGCCUUCUUCACUGGUGUGCUCAGGUUAGAGUCUGUAGCUGAGUCCCAGAGUAGUGACUGCAAGGUGUUCUCUCUUGUUGUGCUGUUAAAAAUCUAAACAAGAGGACCAAGGCACCACUCACUUAAAAAAAAAAAAAAAAAA